CUUACUUUAUUCUAGAGAAAAUUCUGGAAGCCCAUUUAAAAAUGAUUCAAUACUGAAGUUCUGAUAGUGUUGGUUAUCAAGCAAACCUCGACACUUCUCCCAACUGUACGAAGAACGGCCUAAGUGUGCGCCGGUAGUUUUCUCAGAACGUUUUGCGUCGCGUGAACCCAGCCAAAUCACGCCACACCUGAAGGCAGCUCCGCCCGGCCAGGGCUGGAGACCCGGGGCGAGCCGCCAUUAGAAGCGCCCGCAGCCGAGAGCGGCCCCGGGGGUGAGAGGCCCCGGGGGUGAGCGGCCUCGGGGGCCUGAGGGCCUCGGGGUCGGACAUGGAACCGGGUCGGCGCGACCCGGGGCGCAGGGAAGCGGCAAGGGGGCUGCUGCUCGGCGAGGCUGCGGCCGCCAAGGGGUUGCGGGAGGACCUGAGGGGCGCGGCGGCCCGGCCCUGGAGAGGCCUGGCGCGGAUCCCGAAGCAAGAGCGUCCGCGGCGCGAGGAGGCGGCGGCCGAGCACGCGUUCCUGCUGCCAAAUAAGAGAAGCUUCCAGAAUGCUGCUAAAAGCAAUAAUUUGGAGCUUAUGGAGAAGCUGUUUGAAAAGAAGGUUAACAUGAAUGCUGUGAACAAUAUGAACCGCACAGCCCUGCCUUUUGCAGUGGGGACAGGUCAUUUGUCUGCGGUGGAUUUCUUGCUGAAUCACAAGGCCAGGGGGGUGUUGCUGUUGAGGAAGCAUGGCUUGACAGUAAUUCACCUUGCAUCCUGGUCUGGAAGCCUUGAGAUCAUGCUCAUGCUGGUUAGAGCUGGAGCAGACCAGAGAGCCAAGAAUCAGGAUGGAAUGAAUGCCCUCCACUUUGGGGUUCAGAGCAACAUGGGCAUUGUGGAGUACCUCAUUCAAGAUCUGCACCUGACGGACUUGGACCAGCCUGAUGAGAAAGGAAGAAAACCAUUUCUUUUGGCAGCAGAGCGGGGCCACAUUGAAAUGAUAGAAAAACUUAUCUUCCUUAAUCUGCAUACUUCAGAAAAGGACAAGGAGGGUGGGGUGCCCAUCCCUGAGCUGUGGGGUACAGGGGAGGAGGGGAUGAUGCAUGAAACCAUGCUAGAUUCUAAUGGGAUUCCCUCCGUGCCUUCUCUCUCCACCUGUCUCCUGCAGCUCGAUAUCAGUGCUUUGCAGAUAGCAACCCGGAACAGCCACGCAUCCUUUGUCAGCUUUCUUUUCAGUGAGAACGUUGAUCUGCACCAGAAGGUGGAACCUAAGGAGUCCCCUCUUCAUUUAGCUGUUAUCAACAACAGUAUCACAGUGGUAAACAGCUUAUUAAGUGCACAGCAUGAUAUUGACAUCUUAAAUCAGAGGUCACAAGCUCCUUUGCAUGUAGCUGCUGAUCUUGGAAGUGUGGAACUGGUGGAAACCCUGCGGAAGGCGGGCAGCGACCUAAGGUUGUUGACAAACCUGUGGCGUCACAAAGCUCUCCGAGGGCCACCCGCCCUCAACAGCACAAGUAUUUGGAUUUCUACUCCAGCUAUACUCCCUGCGAAGGAGCAUGGUGAGAACAUCAAGGACCCAUCAACCAGCUUUACUCUGACGUUCAAGCAAGAUCACAGUCAGGAGACAAGGCACAUUCUCAGUCUCCUCUGGCACCUGGCUUACCGUCAGCUGAAGACCAACGAAUGGCAGAGGCUAGCCCGUUUGUGGAACUUUACAGACGCCCGGAUCAGAGCCAUCAAGGAGCAGUGGUCAGUCUGUGCAGCGGAUUUCCUCCCCAGAGCUCAGGCCCUCCUCACCUCGGCAUCUGGCAGAGCUAGGAACCUGGCACGGGUUUGUAACUGUGACCUCCAGCCGCGAGGGACCACGGUUCCCAUCUCCGUAUCCCAGCACUUCCCUGAACACCUCUCAGGGGUUAGGCGUCUAGUGAGAUCUGCCCAGUGAAGAGCCCUGGCCUGGCCGGGCGUUGCAGACUUCUACCAGAGGAGUUUCCUGGAAGCUGGACUGGCAGGUGGGUGCGUGCUGGCUGCUUAGGGUGUGGUUCACGGGCGGCAGCAGCAGCAGGACCUGGGAGCUUACUCACCUGCAGAUCCUCACCCCAGACUGACUGAACCAGCAUCUUCACUCUAACAAGACCCUCAGCUUUCAUCUGUGUUAAGCACAGCAGGUGCGUGGCAAGUGCUGAGAGACUCCAAACUCUGGUCCCCCUAGAAGUACCAGUGAGGCGACUGGAAGGGCUUUCAUCCACUGGGCUUCUUAUCUCACAGCUGCCAGAGGAGGAAUGAACAUGCAACCACAGUCAUAUGGGACUUGUGUUAGAACUGAGUUCACAGUAAGGAGGUGUCAGCAUCUGCCCUUCGUGCUUGCCACGGGAGAGGAGAGCUUCCGUGAACACGGCCACGGGGCCCUGGUGACACAGGCCACGCCGGUCAAGCACCUGUAUGAAGAGCUGGUGUGCGUGGGUGAGUUACAGUUUUCAACAGAUGGGAACUCCCGCUGGUGAGUUGCAGUUUUCAGAACUAGCUCGUGAGUUACAGAACUAGCUGGUGAGUUACGGUUUUCAACAGAUAGGAACUCCCGCUCUCUUAAAAUGGUAGGGGACGGUCAGCACAAGUA